UCUCACUUUCCUUUCAAAUUCUUUACACUCCUGUUCAUGGUUCUUCCUCAUACUUUGCUUCAAAAUUUCCAAAAGUGUCUUGAUUGAUCAAAAUGGCCUCAAAGUCUGAAGGGUCACAAAGCAGUAGCACGACCCCAAUUGCCAAAAGGCGUCUAUCCUUCAGCUCCAUCACUACUGGUUUGACUUCCAAGGAGCAGAAAAGGGCUAAAGUUGGUGAAGUAGGAGAGUGCAGUUUCAGAAAUUCUUCUGCUUGUUGGUGUCAUGACUUCAAAUGGAAGGACCAGAAGGUCUGUCCCAAAGUAAUAGGUCAUGAAGAUCCAUUUUCUGCUGACAAUUUGCUAGAAGAUUUGGAUAUCAACAGAUACGGAAAUGUGAAGAAGGAUAUUGAGCAUCUAAUUGCUAGAAGGAAUCAGUUAAUUUCACAUGGAUUUGCAGCAAAGCCUCUGGUUCCAUGUAAAAAUCUGAGCGCACAAAAGAUUCCUAAAAAAGUAGAUUUUGGAUCAGACAGAUAUGGAAGCGUAACAAGGGAAAUUGAGGAGCUAUUAGCUCAGAGUCAAUUAUUUGGGUGUCUGUCUUCAACAAAUUCUACAAUGUCAUGUAUGCGUUUGAAAAAGUAUUUAACCAAAGAAGAUUUGGAGUCAAACCCUCCUUCUAUGCCAAAUAUUAUUGAUUUGGAGGAUGACGAUGAACCUCCAGGUAAUGGUACAGUUAUCAAGUGUGAACCAGCUGAAGAGAUAGACACAUCAGCUAAGUGCCUUGUUGUCAUUGACUCAGUUGAGGAAGACCCUGAGAAUGACAACAAUUUUUGUCAUUCACGCAGCUCUGCAACAAAGCCUGUUGUUCAAUGUUGGAAUCUUGGUGUAAAAAAGAGGCCCAGUGAAGAAGAUUUUCAGUCAAACAAAUAUGGAAGUGUAACAAAGGAAAUUGAGGAGCUCUUGGCUCAAGAGAAUCAAGUAUUUGGGGUUCUAGGUUCAACAAAUUCUGCAAUGUUGCGUAAGCAUUUGGGUACGGAAAUGUAUCCAUGCAAAGAAGGUUGGGACUUAAAGCCUCCUUCUGUGCCUGAUAUCAUUGAUUUGGAAUCUCCCGAUAAUGGUACAAUUGUUGAGUCUGAACCAUUUGAACAGAUUGUCAGAGAAGCUAAGCCUCUUGCUGUUAUUGACUUAGAUGAUGAAGCCUUUGAGAAUGACGAGAAUUCUUGCCCUAAUGAGGUUGCUGAUUUGGCAAAGACUGCUGAUAAUCUUCUGCAAAAUAAUGUUGAGGAUCUAGAUGCUGCUGAUGACCAUAAGUUUGAAAGUGCAAAAUCUUGCCAUGGUAGCAAUCUUGAAAGUAAUCUAAAGUGUGCUAAAGAAGGGAAGUUGGGAAAAGGAAAUUCCUAUCUUGGUGAUAAACCUGUGCUUAAGAAGCAUAAUGGUUUAAAUCCCAGAGCAGAGGCUAAGGCUGAAAUGGUGGAGGACAAGAGGCAGACAAAGGCAAAUGCUCCUGUUUCACCUAAAAUUUCUGAAGUUGAGAAAGACAAAGGUGUGUAUGUUGGUGUGGAGGGUGAUGCAGAACAUGAGGAAGGCAGUCCCCAACAUGAUUCUGAGUAUGGUGGUCUGGGGAGUAUAUGGAACGAGCUAUCAUUUGCAUUAGAAUGUUCCAAGGAUACUGCUGUAGAUUCUUCAUCUGAUAAGCACACCAUUGUGGGUGCAGAAGAUUGUGAUCAUUCAUUCAUCUUGAAAGAUGAUAUAGGUUCUGUCUGCCGCGUUUGUGGAUUGAUCGAGAGAGGGAUUGAAACCAUAAUUGAGUAUCAAUAUGCAAAGGCCAAAAAGAGUGAAAGAACUUAUAGAUAUGAACGUUCCCUCCGAAAUGGCCUUGAGCAAACUAAAAUCCUUCCUGAAAGUGUUAGAUGGGUUGAACAUGAAGACUCUUUGACAGAAGUUGCUGUCCAUCCACGGCAUCGGAAGGUAAUGAAACCGCAUCAAGUUGAGGGGUUCAAUUUUCUGGCAAGCAACUUGGUGACAGAUCAUCCUGGUGGUUGUAUAAUGGCACAUGCCCCAGGAUCGGGGAAAACUUUUAUGAUCAUUAGUUUCCUUCAGAGUUUCAUGGCUAAAUAUCCUUCUGCAAGACCAUUGAUUGUACUGCCAAAGGGAAUCAUAUCAACAUGGAAGAAAGAAUUCCAGAGAUGGCAAGUGGAAGACAUACCGCUAUAUGAUCUCUACUCAUCCAAAUCAGAAAGUAGGAGUCAGCAGCUAGUAAUUUUGAAGAGAUGGGCAAACGAAAGAAGCAUUUUGUUUCUGGGAUAUGCACAGUUUGCUUUGAUUGUAUGUGACAUGGAUAUGAAUGAAACAACUCUUGCAUGUCGGGAUAUAUUGUUAACUUGCCCUUCUAUUCUUAUCUUGGAUGAAGGUCACACUCCCAGAAACCAAAACACUGAUAUUUUGAAGUCUCUUGAACAGGUACAGACAUCUCGCAAGGUUGUACUUUCUGGCACCCUUUAUCAGAACCAUGUCAGGGAAGUCUUCAAUGUUUUGAAUCUUGUUCAUCCAAAGUUUCUGAAAAUGGGGACUCCUAAAGUCAUUAAAAGGCGCAUCUUGAGUAAGGUGCAAAUAUCAAGCGGGAGGAGUUCUAUUACAAAGUUUUCUGAUGAUGACUUCUAUAACCUGGUGGAGUGCACGCUCCUUGAAGAUGAGAAAUUCAAUAGGAAAGUGAAUAUCGUUCAAGAUCUGCGGGAGAUGACAAGCAAAGUUCUUCACUACUACAAGGGAGAUUUCUUGGAUGAACUACCUGGACUAGUUGACUUCACUGUCUUUCUUGAACUCAGCCGUGCGCAAAAGAAAGAAGUUGCAGAGCUGAAGGAACUGAAAAGUAGGUUCAAAAUAAACUCUGAAGGAAGUGCUAUCUAUGUGCACCCACAGUUGAAGAAACUUUUGAUGUAUUCUGGAGUUAAAGAUAGGGUUGAUGUGGAGAAGAUUGAUCUAAUGUUGGAGAAACUGAAAGAGACUGAAGGAAUAAAGGCCAAAUUCUACCUCAAUCUUCUCCAGCUAUGUGAAUCCACUGGUGAGAAGUUGCUAGUUUUCAGUCAAUAUCUUCUCCCUCUAAAGUUCUUGGAGAGACUGACUGUGAAAGUUAAAAACUAUAGUCUUGGAAAAGAAAUGUUUGUGAUCACUGGUGACUCAGACUCUGAAAUUCGAGAUUCUUGCAUGGAGCAAUUCAAUAAUUCUUCAGACGCUAGAGUCUUUUUCGGAUCAAUUAGAGCUUGUGGUGAAGGAAUAUCACUUGUAGGAGCAUCACGCAUUAUUAUACUGGAUAUACAUCUAAACCCCUCAGUCACUCGCCAGGCAAUUGGACGUGCAUUUCGACCUGGGCAACAGAGGAAAGUGUACACCUACAGAUUGGUUGCCUCUGGUUCUCCAGAAGAGGAUGACCAUUUAACUUGCUUCAGAAAGGAGUCUAUUUCAAAGAUGUGGUUUGAAUGGAAUGGAUGUCAGGGUCAAGAAGAUUUUCAGAUGGAAAAUGUUGAUGUUAAUGAUUGUGGUGAUUUGUUUCUAGAGUCAUCACAGUUAAACCAAGAUGUAGUCUCUCUUUACAGAAGGUAAACAGCCAGCACAGUUGGAGGCUUGUAGAUAACAGCUUAUUUUUGGAUGGACUUUUGUCUCAUUUUGUUGACAAUUAUAGGCAGGUGGGGCACAUGAUUAGGUUUUAUAAUUUUGAUAUUGCUGACAGUUUGUAAAAAUGACUGGGAGGAUAGAAAUGUAAACCUCAGAUGUUCAACAGAGAUUAUGUAAAUUGCUGGCUGACUUUCAGAGAAUGAAGUCCAUAUUUUGAAUUUU